GUUUGAAAAUACCCGCAAUUUGUGAAUUAGAGUCCACCCUAAUUAGUGAAUUGAAGAUUCUCAAUUUUCCCAGAGUUCAAAAUGGCUGGCACUACUCCUGUUGAGGUCUUGCCAGCAGCCGGUGCAGCAGCAACUCCUGCUCUUCAGCAACAACAAGCUCCAUGGAACAAGUGGGGAAUGUUGAAGGCAUUUGCUUUCCGUCUCCUUACAGCUUAUUUUGUCAUCAACUUGUUUCGCCGUCCAUCACCUAGCCAAGUGAACCCAGGAAAAACAGUUGUCCCAGCUACCAAUCUCUAUGAAUCAGGUUCUUCUAUGGAAUUAUAUGUUUAUUUGAGUGAAAAUGCAACUUUCCAUUCAUUCAAUGACUCGAAUUCUUUGUUUUGGCAUGAACCAAAUAUCAUCUAUGGAGAUUGGAACAGUGGACCCAACGGAGACGGUUCGUAUUCGAAAAUCAGUGAAAUUCAAUGUAGCCAGUUUCCCAGCCUAAUGUCUAAUGGUUCCUUGUACAUACACGUAUAUCUUGUCAAACCCGGCUUCUCCCCUGAUCCUAAUACAGGCAACAAUUAUUCAUUGAGGUACACCAUAUACAAAUCAAAGAUGUUAACCCGUUAUAAACGUCGUCGUCUAUCUCGCACAACUAACCUGAUCACAGGCCAAACAGAUACACAUCCAGACUUAAUAGCUAAUUCAUCUACACCAUCCAAUGUACAAUACUUACCUCCUGUUACUCAUUGGCAUCCAAACUUGACCAUUCACUUAGUUGACGAUCACUCUCCUUGGAUGAAAGGUUCUGUUCCGAUGCCACUAGAUCAAUUUAUAGAAUUUUAUUCACCAACUAAUGAAUAUUAUCCUGUUGUGUAUCUGAAUGACUACUGGAACUUACAUGAAGAUUAUAAACCAGUGAAUGAGACUACACCUGUAUUGCCGAUACACAUAACUUUUUCACCAUUGUCUUUGUUCAAGUGGCAGUUGUAUGCUGCACAGACAGCAAAGAAAACAUGGUUCAAUCAAAUGAUGGCCACUUCCAUGUUGCAGCCAGAAAAUGAGAAUGAUGAAGAGCAAGACACAAUCAAGAAAGCUCUAGUCGAAACAAACCCAUGGCUAUUGGCUGUAACAGUCGUCGUUUCAAUUGUGCAUAGUGUUUUUGAACUACUAGCAUUUAAAAAUGAUAUACAGUUUUGGAAAACAAGAGAAUCGUUAGAAGGUCUUUCAGUCCGUUCAGUAUUUUUCAAUGUUUUCCAGUCGUUUAUUGUUGUACUGUAUGUACUUGAUAAUGAUACAAAUUUCGUCAUAAAAUUGUCUGUUGUUUUGGGGUUGUUAAUCGAGAUUUGGAAAAUCAAAAAAGUGCUCAGUAUAAAGGUGAGCUACGAUUCGUUGAUAUUCAACAUAUUCCCCCGUGUUCAAGUGGAUUAUCAGGCAUCGUAUGUAGAAAGUGAUACUAAGAAAUAUGAUCAGAUGGCUUUUCGAUAUUUAUCCUGGAUUUUAUUUCCACUGCUAACGGCUUAUUGUGGAUAUUCACUUCUAUAUGAGGAACAUCGUGGUUGGUACUCCUGGAUAUUAUCUGUGUCCUAUGGUUUCUUACUAACUUUUGGUUUAUUAUGAUGACCCCACAGCUGUUUAUUAAUUAUAAAAUGAAAUCCGUUGCCCAUCUCCCUUGGAGAAUGUUGACAUACAAAGCACUGAAUACAUUUAUUGAUGAUCUUUUCGCAUUUGUAAUUCGAAUGCCUACUCUAUACCGCAUUGGAUGUUUACGUGACGGUAUAAAACUAUGAUCUUGAAGUAUCUUAGCUGUUAACAACUCAUCUGCAUGGUUUGAUGUUUAAUCAUCUAUCGAUAACUGUAUAGUCACCGUCUGUUGAAUCUUAAAAUCUCCGUGUUUUGCAUUAUUGGAUCAAUUUUUCAAGCCUUUAAAUAGUAACUUCUGUGCUCGUCAAGCUUUGAAUAAUAACAUAUAAAUCAAUGUUUUCGUACAGAAAUUCAUGCAUUUUGUAGUAUUUUAUCUUUGAAAAACAGAAUGAAAAAUGGAUAUAAUUGUUGACCGUAGAAAGUCUAAGUAAUCAGCACACUUUUAGUGUGCAUAACUUCUCAAUCGUUAACCUGUUUUGUUAACUGUGGCAUUGAAUUCACCUUUGUUUUACUAUUUCCAUAGAUAUAAUAUUUUUCAUUUAUUUGUACCAACGCUGGAUAUAUCCAAUGGAUCCAAAUCGCGUUAAUGAGUUUGGAGUUAGCAAGGAAAUGCUUGAUGCUCAUUCUAGGAAUAAGUUGGAACAAGUGGACGGCAACGGUGAUUUACCUGCCCUUUUCGAUUCCCUACACUAACAAUAACCUCAUCCGAUAAUGAUGAAGAGUGUCGGGGUGAGAUUAUAUCAGUACGUAAACGAAAAAAUUCAGGUUCGGUCGUAAAAUGAAUUUCUGAAACGAAAGAGACUGUUUUCUUUCUCUGCUCUUUAUACUUAACUUUUGCUUAUUCUUCUGAUGAAAAUUUUGUUUUGUUGUCCAUGGAGUGUUCAGUAUAUCUUGGUUUUAAACUUCCGUUUCUGUUCCUUGAAAUGUUUCAAAACCAAAUUGCCCUAGUCGCAAUUCAAACCCGUUAACAUUAGGUUAAUUUUUCCCGGGAACGAACUGUCCGUUUGUAUAUUAUACUCGUACACGUAGUCUAGCAAAAUUAGCUAUGUAAUAUAUUGAAGCGUUCAAGUAUACAUUAGUAUGAUUACUUUUACAGAAUAAUAUAACUUAUCUGCAGUGAUUUACCGGAGCACUGCUUGUUAUGAUUCAUUAUUGACGUAUCUUCCUUCUGUUGACCUCCAUCUAUACGUUGACCACUUUUUUUUACUAUUGUUGUUUGUUAUACUCUUUCCCAUGAAAUAUUUCAUUGUUAUUCCGAAGCAUACAAUUCAGAUGAAACUUAUUUUAUAUCCUAUCAUCACCGUAAAUAAAGUAACUGUCUUCAUGCCCUUCUAAUAGUGGGAAGUGCAUUUUGUUCUCAUUUUUCUGUUUUGUUGCUGUGUAAUUCUUUUCUCAAUAAAUAAGGUGCUUUUUUCCCUUGUUCUACUAGACAUAUGAAGCGUUUGUUUAUAAUUUGUUUGUACAUGAUUAAAAUACAUAAAUCAUGCUGCUCAU